AUGAUAAAAGACUUACAAGCCCAGAAUUCACAGGCAAGGAGUCCUCAGAAAUACCUGGUGUGCAGUGAAAGACCCUAUGAAACUAAUGGGAAAACGGCACUACUGAAGGCUUUGCUGAACCUGAAGGGUGGAAAUAACACAAUUGAAGUUCUCCUUGACAUAGCAGAGAAAACUGGAGAUUUAGAAAAUUUGAUCAAUGCAUCGUAUACAGAUCCUUACUACAAAGGUCAGACAGCCUUGCAUGUUGCCAUUGAGAGGCGGAGCUUUGAGCAUGUGAAGCUGCUAGUCCAGAAAGGAGCUGAUGUGCAAGCCAAAGCAAAUGGAAAGUUUUUCCAGCGUCAUGCUGAAAUGGGCUUUUAUUCUGGGGAGCUCCCUCUGUCAUUGGCUGCCUGCACCAACCAGCCUGAUAUUGUGUCCUUUCUCAUGGAAAACCCUUACAGAAGAGCUGACGUGACUGACAGAGACUCACAAGGAAACACUGUUUUGCACACCUUGGUGGUCAUAGCAGACAACACGAAAGAAAACACAGAUAUGAUUGCAAAGAUGUAUGAUGAAAUACUUGUUCAACAGAACAAGCUUGACAAAAAAGUCCAGUUUGUAGAGAUUGAAAAUAAUGAUGGCAUGACUCCUCUAAAACUGGCAGCAAAGCUCGGUAAGAUAGAGCUGUUUAGACACAUGCUACACCGGGAAUUCAUGGAUGAGGAAACAAGGCCACUGUCCAGGAAGUUUACAGAAUGGAUCUACGGACCUGUUCACUCCUCGCUUUAUGACAUGACCUCCAUUGACACAGAUGAAAAAGAUUCUGUGUUGGAGAUAAUAGUCUUUGGAAGUGAAAUUCCAAAUCGCCCUGAGAUGCUCCAGAUCGAACCUCUUCGCAGUUUGCUUCAGACUAAGUGGGAAAGGUUCGCUUCCUAAUUAUUCCUGAUGAAUUUCUUGCUUUAUGUGAUGUACCUGACCAUCUUCACUACUGUGACGUUCUACAGGAAGGAGGAACAGCCACCGUUUCCCAUUGAAAAUAUUCCACUCGACCACCUCCGAUGUGUUGGUGAGCUCAUCAUCAUCCUUGGAGCACUGAGGUUUCUCUAUAAGACGAUAACUCUUUUCUGGAGGAAUCCCCCUACCUUCAAUGCUUUAUUUGUUGAUGGAUUCACUGAUAUUCUGUUUUUCCUGCAGGCAGCACUUCUUCUAAUCUGUGUGGUUCUGUAUGGGUGUGGGCUGAAGGAAUAUGUUGGCCUCCUUGUGCUCUCAUUGGCUCUCGCCUGGGUGAACCUUCUUUACUACCUGAGAGGUUCCAAGUAAUUGGGGAUGUACAGUGUCAUGAUGCAAAGAAUGAUCCUGGGUGACCUGUUACAUUUUCUAUGCGUCUAUAGCGUCUUGCUUUUUGGAUUUUCUGCUGCCAUUGUUGCUCUCAUACACGACUCCCCUCCGGCUCACACAAAAAUGACAAAUGACACGGCAGCACAAAUGAGAAGCUUUUUUGAACCAUAUAAAUGUGUGAAGCCAAGUUACAAUGACAUUUGUUUUACAACACUGGAACUGUUCAAGUUCACUAUUGGAAUGGGAGAUCUGCAGUUCACAGACCAAGUUCAAUACAAAGGUUUCUACAUCCUGCUCAUCUGUUACAUAAUUCUUACAUACAUCCUGCUCCUGAACAUGCUGAUAGCCCUGAUGGGCAACACUGUUGAAAGAAUCUCCACACAAAGUGAAAACAUCAGGAACUUGCCGCGGGUCUUCACAAUUUUGGAUAUGGAGAGGACUCUACCAAGGUGGCUGAGGAGCAAGCUGCAAUGCAGAAUGUCUAGGAUGGUGUGUUCCAGAAACAGCAUAGACAAGCAUAGAAGAUUUUUCAG